GACAUCCACAGAGACAAAACUGCAAAGAUGAGCUGCUGUUCCAAGACAGAAUGGGAUCAGAAGGAGCUGAAGAUCGUCCUGCUUGGGAGUGUCAGAGCUGGGAAGAGUUUUUCAGGAAACAAAAUCCUGGGCAAGAAAGACCUAUUCCUCUCAAGACCCGGUCCGUUUGCUGUCACAGAGAAGUGCCAGAAGAAACAGGAGGUUAUCGACAACCAAACCGUGGUUAUUGUUGAUACUCCUGGUCUGUUAAACGCUAACAAAACAGAAGCAGAGAUUAUGACAGAGAUCCAGACAUCCAUCGGUCUAUGCAAACCUGGUCCUCAUGUGUUCCUGUUUGUGCUGAAUACGAGUGAAAGAUACACAGUGGAUGUGGAAGACAUGAUGAAACGCAUUUUUGGCCAAAAUGCACUGGAUUACACUAUGGUGUUGUUCAACGAUAAAGACAAUGAGUUUAACUGCAAAGAAGACUAUAUUGGUGACGAAGACAAUCUCAAAGACCAUCUAAAAAAGUGCAAGUAUGGAGACUAUUUUUUUGACAGGAGUACUGACCAGGUACCUGAGCUACUGACAAAGAUCAAUGAUCAAGUUAAGGAAGCAAACGGACGCCACUACACCGCUGAGAUGCUCCAAGAACAUGUGGAGCAGUUAAAAAAUGCAAAGACAGGACAAACAAAAUCCCAAAAAUGUCUUCACGCUGCUGUUUCUGGUUUUGUGAUGGUUGGAGGUCUGAUUGGGUACCAGGCUUCUAAGAAUAAGACA